GAGGUAUGAUCGGCUCUUUACUUUAUCUUACCGCGAGUAGACCGGAUAUCAUGUACUCCGUUUGUAUAUGCGCUAGGUAUCAAUCUUGUCCUAAAGAGUCGCACUUGGUUGCGAUCAAAAGGAUAAUGCGAUAUCUCGCGGGCACGUUGAACGUAGGUCUUUGGUAUCCCAAAGGUUCGACAUGUCAUCUUGUUGGCUAUUCCGACUCGGAUUUUGCAGAAUGCCAAGGUGUAAGAAUGCUUCCUCGGGUCAAGAAACGGCGGCAGAGGAGAAUGAGAGGCCAUGGCGUCGUGAAGGGAGCAAGUACAUUCACAUUCAAACGGGUCUCGCCUUCAACACUGGGGCUUCAGUUGAGAGGUUCCACAACAUCUUCCUCACGAAGGAGAUCGUCUCUCCCAAGAUCGUGAACAAGGAUCUCUUCAAAUCGGCGACCUAUGCCCCGAGUAAGUCUAUAUUCCUUCAGCAAGGCUUGCUUCGUUUCAUUCAUUUGACGUAUGAAUUUUUCUGUCCAAAUCUUAUACGUCAAUCUUAUGCAAAUCUUCGUACCACUAAGGGAAGUUCGCCAUCUCUCAUUUCCUAUGUUGACGGCAAAACCGUUUUCAUUGACGGUGCCGGUUUGACUUCUUUGUUUGGCCUUCGUCGCGGUGAAAUUACCGAAAACUUGGAUGAAACAUUCCAAGAUGAGGCAAUAUGGCGACAACUCGGGUUAGAUCAUCGUGACCUCAAGUUUAGAAACUCUAGCAACCCAAGUGUCAUUAAUCUCACUUUAACUCAACGCGUCCAACAAUACAUUUUCUCAUAUGUUUUGUUGCCCCGUGAUUCGAACCAUGGCGUCGUCAACAAGGACGAUAUUCGUUUGUUUUACGUCCUGUUGAACGAUGUCAAAUUUGAUUGGGUUCACUUCUUUAUCGUUGCACUUAGCGAUGGCACUCGCUUUUCCCAUCUCCGUUUUGCCAUCCCCAUCAUGCAUAUCCUUGCUCAUUGCAAAAUAGACUUUACUCGGGACACUCAGGUGCCGGUCAAGAAGACGUGUUUCAUCACUGAAGCCAAGUUUUCCCGGAUCGUGUAUCGAGAGGAGGGCGAUGCUGCACCAAAUCUGGACUUGAUCGUCGCCGAAGAAGAAGAAGAAAGCCAAAACGAGAAUCAAGCUGAGUCAUCUCAAGCCGGAGGUAGUCGAGCCACGGAGCGCGUCACUCGUCAAUGGAGGACUCGUCCGAGAGAAGAAGCACCGGAACCAUCUUCGGUGAAGAAGAUCUUCGAUACUCUCACGUGCAUCCGAGAUGACGUUCGCCAGCUCAACGAGAGGAUGACUCGUCUUGAGCAAUCUCGCUCCUACCGUGGCCCGCGUCACAGCUUCAGCGGAGGAGCUCGUCCGGCGAACUCUCUUUGAUUAUUUUCUCUUCUAUCUUAACUUUUUAUGAUACAUUGUUCUUUGCUAUUGUUGUUAUAACUCUUUUAGUGAAUGAUGUUAUUGCUAAUAUGGUUCUCUUUUAGAACAUAUUGUCCCUUUGUCACAAUUCGUCUUAGAAGUUCUUUUGAAAACUCUUACAAAUUUUUUAUCCUUCAAAAUCCCGGCAUCAAUUAAGGGGGAAGGUUGUCGGUGGAUAAUGCCAAAAGGGGGAAGGAAGGAUCGUUGAGAAAUUUUGUUUUUCAAAAUUGUUUUUCCGCUUAUUACUACGAUUAUUUUACUGCACUUCUCUAACCUUGCAGGGGGAAUCAAUUAAGGGAAGUAUU